ACCGUGGUGAGGUUCCCCUUCUUUGGUCAUCCGGCAGGAGCACCUGCCUGCACAUCAAGGUCUCGACUCACCGUCUUCCAACUUCUUGCGGAAGCUUUUCUUGCAAGUACUUUUUUUUUUCGACCUUUCCGCCGGCCAUGACUUCGGAACCAACUUGAGAAGCGACCGGCUGGAAUUCUACGAUUCUAACACGUGGACUUUUUGCCAGCCGCACCUAACAGUGGACGGUCCAUUCUCGCAUUCCCGGACAGCGACAUCGACUCGAACUACAAACGGAGCUGCAAACGGAACCUGUUUGUAACCGUUGGUCGACCAUCCUUCUUUCACUCGCCGACAAAAGGUUCCGCGAUUCCGAAUACAUUAAACCGCCGCCGACCCCCUAUGCACACUUCCUCGUGACAGGCCCAGUUACCCGAGCGCACCUCAUACCUCGGUCAACAUGGAGCCGGUUCCCGAAACAGAGAGGAUGGAGGAGUUUCGACCGUCGCCGCUUCCGAGUCUGAGGCUUCCGGCGACUUCAUCUUUCAGCGCUCCCGAGUUUGAGUCUCUCCGGAAACCUCCUACCAUCCGCCGAUCGACUGAUCCGUCCCCGUCUUCUCCCAUUUCGCCAUCCUGGAUGCCGCCUGCUCUUCCCCAUCGGCCCCGAGCGUCUUCUCCGUUGUCUAGCAACCACGUCAGAUCACGAUCGGCAGCGAGUUUGGCGCCUUUCAUGGGCCGCACCCAGUCCAUGCCCGGCACAAGCGCCACAGGCCACCUUUUAUUCUCUCCCCAUAUCCGCCCACAAAGCCCCUCCGGGUCACCCAGCCGGAUCCGCAUCCCGCGAAAGCCGGUCGAUGAAGGGUUUCCUUCCUCACCGACCCGCGUUUCCGUUCUCGACCAGGAGCGAAAGAUACCAGAGGGGAGCAGCUCGCCCAACCCCAACCAAGCUUUGGGGAUCACCCCCAUCACAUCGGUGCCAAAACUGCGGAGGCCGUCUUCCCCGCUCUGUCAGGUUUCUCACUCCAGCCCGGCCUUACUGUCCGGCGGAACACCGACGACACCUUCCUCAAUUGCCACCUCCCCGUCAUACCGACCAUACGAUUCUCUCUCUGGCAGUUACGGAUACUACCCGUCCUCCUCUGUGCCCUCGACCCCCACGUCUGCCAGAUCCAGGAGCCCCAGCAUUUCCAGCCUCGAGACGAUACCGGAUUCCCCGGAUGCCGAAGAGGCGGCUGUAGAGGCGGAGAGGAUCGCCCAGCUGAAGGCUGCUGCGGACGCCGCCGAGGGCGGAGAUACCAAGGGGAGGGGCAGUUUGGAUGCGCCCAUCCGCGGCCGGACGUUGAGUGGUUUUGGUUCGCGCGAUAAGAGGAAGCGGUGGAGUGUGUGUGGCGCCGAGAGGAGGCAAGAUCUGGAUCUGGAGACUAUCUGGGAGGAUUGAGGUACUCGGGUAUUCAUUCGUGCAGGAUGGGGGAUCUGGCAGACCGACCGCCGCAACGUGCGGUACUUGAUCCUCAACGACUCGGACGAGCCAAGAGCGCGAGGUAUGCCUAUAGAGUGGCUCCAUCGGCUUGGGGGGUGUAACAGCACCCAAGAUUUAUCUUGUUUUUGUUUUCGGUUUGUUCAUUUGGCAUUAUGGCAAAGGGUUGUCAACAUUGGCAGGCGUUUAGCGGAGAAUCCGUUGUUCUGAUACCCUUCUCCGUCGGCAUUCAUCACGGCGACAUGGCUGUCGCCACAACACGGGAUUGUAUUCUAUUUGGGAGCUUCGGGUCUGGGGAAGGUGAACGUGCGUUUUGUGGCCAUCUUAUGUACCUAAUUGAGCGCAAUGAGGAAACCUAUUGCACCAAUCC